AUGCUCAACAUACCAAGGCGCCUUCGCAAGCGCCUGCUUCACACCGCAGCGCUGUGCCUCGUAUGUUUGAGCGUAUACUACAUCAUACUGCCACCAGACUCGUCGAUCCGGCUAGCGCUGCGGUUCAACGCUGUCCGGGCGUCGGCGGCCGUGCGCGAGGCGACAGAGGACAGGGACGCCUGGCUGCGGCGGCCGGCGCCGUACGAGCUCGACCUACGGCAAGAUGUCGGGUAUCUGAUCAAGACGGGCUACGGAACGAGACACCGCGUGCCGCUGCAGCUGGCGGCGCUGCAGGGCAGCUUCGGCGGCGGCCUGCUGGGCGAGGAGGGCAAGGACUACAUGGUGGUGGGGGACUGGACGACGGUGGAUGACGAGGAUGCCAAGAAAAUUGGCGUGCCGGUGCACGACGUGCUCAAGAUGGUGCGGGAGUAUGGCGACGGGGACUGGAGAGCGCAUCACCGAUUCAAAAAGUACCAGACGCUGCAGAGCGCGAUUGUGGCGGGCGACGAGGAGACGGCACUGGGAAUUGGGCGCAGUGUCGGCUGGGAGCUGGAUGCGCUCAAGUUUGCACCGGGCAUGGAGCUCAUGUACAAGGCGAUGCCUAACAAAAAGUGGUAUCUCAUUCUGGAUGACGAUACCUUUGUUGUCAAGUCGACGCUGAAUCUCUUAUUAACACACCUGAACCCUGACAAUCCACAUUACCUCGGUAAUGCAGUCGGUGAUUUCCGCGGCCGCUUCGCGCACGGCGGAUCGGCCAUUAUCUUAUCCCACGAGGCCAUGCGCCGACUCUUUCGGCGCCAAGACGUGGUGCGACAGGCGUACCUGGAGUCGCUCGAGGAGAAAUGGGGCGACAAGCUGGUGGCGACGACGUUUCUCAAGCUGGGCAUCUAUCUGGAGGAGCGAUACGCGCACCACUUCAACGGCGAGGCGCCCGAGGAGACGCGCAUCACGUACGAAAAGUACUGCGCGCCGAUCCUAUCGUUUCACUCUCUGCGGACGGAGGCGGCGACGACGCGCGUGAGCAAGGUGCUUGGCGCGGCCACGGAACCCGUGCGCUGGGGCGAGCUCAUGGAGCUAUUUGGGCCGACGGCGACAGCGGCGGCAGCGGGGAGCGCCCAGGAUCACGUUGGGCCGACGGACAAGCAGGUCAAGAUGUGGGGCAUGGUCAAGAAGGCGGCCGAUUGCCAGCACAAGUGCGAGGUUGAGAAUGCCAAUUGGUGUCUGGCGUGGACGUACGACACGCGUGGGGAGGCGUGCCACGCGAGCCCGUGGAUGGUGCCGGGGGCGGGCGGCGCGGAGGGCAAGGUAUCAGGCUACAACAAGGAGGCCAUGAAGCGAAUGCAGGCCAGAUGUCCCCGAGAUGGGCGCGUAUGA